AUGGCGACUACUGAUGGAUUCGGGAGCCAAAAGGUUCGCCGACUUUCAAGUCUUGAUGCCGAUCGGGCCGACCUCUACGGUGGCCCCAACGUCGUCAUGCCUCCAAAAUACUUGAUGGCCUCUAGCCGAGAUCGUGACCUAACCUCGGAAAUUGAAACGGAUAAAAGUCACUCUGAUGACGAAGCCAUAUCCUCGGAAGAAGAGUCUUCUUCUGUGACUACCCCUUUGACAAUCCCGCCAAUGAUGGUUAGCGAUGACUUUGCGUUGGCCUUCGAUAUCGAUGGCGUCCUUAUCAGAGGCGGCCAGGUCAUUCCCGAGGCCAUCGAUGCCAUGAAGUACAUCAAUGGCGAGAACCCUUAUGGAGUAAAAGUACCGUACAUUUUCCUCACCAAUGGAGGUGGCAAGACCGAAAAGGAACGAUGCCAGGAUCUGAGUCGCCAACUUGAAUAUGAAGUCUGCCCUGGACAAUUUAUUUGUGGGCACACUCCCAUGCGCGAAAUGGCCGAACGCUACGACACUGUCCUGGUUGUCGGCGGCGAAGGCGAGAAGUGUCGUAUUGUCGCCGAGGAGUAUGGAUUCAGAAAUGUCAUUACUCCCGGCGAUAUUAUCAAGACGCGCCACGACACCACACCUUUCCGCAAACUGACAGACGAAGAAUACAAAAACUCGCGAGUACUCGAUCUUGACGCAAUCCAGAUUGAGGCGAUCUUCGUCUUUGCUGAUAGUCGUGAUUGGGCCGGUGAUCAGCAAAUCAUUCUGGACUGCCUGAUGUCCGUGAAUGGUAAGCUUGGUACACGGUCGGAGACCUUUGACGAAGGCCCUCCAAUCUACUUCUCCCACAACGACGUGGUGUGGUCGACGUCACAUGAGCACUCGCGCAUCGGCAUGGGCGCACUACGCGCCUCGCUCGAGGCACUCUACAAGGCUGUCGCCGGGAAAGAGCUGAAGACCGUUGCCUUCGGCAAGCCGCAGAUGGGUACAUUCCAAUUUGCGACUAGACUUUUGGGGAAGUGGCGUAAGGAUUCCCAUGACAUUGCCCAUCCACCUUCCACAGUCUACUUCGUUGGCGACACACCCGAGUCUGACAUUCGUGGGACCAAUGAGUUCAAUGAGAUCUCCGAGAAUGAAUGGUACUCCAUCCUGGUCAGAACUGGUGUCUGGCAGGAGGGUACUAUCCCACGCUAUCCACCCAAGAAGAUCGUGAACAACAUCUACGAUGCGGUCAAGUUUGCGGUGGAGCGGGAGCAGCAAAAGAUCUACUCCAACAAAGGUCCCGCCAGAGAUGGUCUGCAAGAACCUUUCUCAGAGAACGGCUUGAAGUAUUGA